AUGAAUCAAUCUUAUACAUUAAUUUUCUUUGUUGUAAUUAUAUUAUUUUCAAGUUCGUCAUUAGCUUAUCGACUUUAUCCAAAUCCAUAUAAAAACGAUCGAGAAAAUGUUCGAUCAGUAAAUAUGAAAAUGAUUGUUCCAAUGAAAGAUGAUAUCUUUGAAUUAAAAUAUUUUAUAUUACCAAUAAGACAUGUUUCUGAUGGUAAGUAA